AUGCUGGCUACGGCGUUGAUUGGGAUGGGCAGCCUGGGCGCGGCACUCCAUGUGGCAGGCAGCGUCCUGAUAGUUUUUGGCCAGGCUAGCGUCAAGGUGGCCCACUCCAUCGUGGACUCGACGGGCACGCCCAGCGCCUGGGUGGUGCCGCGGGCCGGGCCCAACCCGCCUCUCUGGCGCCGCCCCGACGGCAAGUGGCGGCGGCAGAAGGCGGGCAGCAAGACGUAUGCUUUCACAGGAUGGAGCGCCUUUGCACUGGGCAACAUCCUGCGCUUCAUCGCCAUGCGCUUUGCGGCGCAGACGGUGCUGUCGGGGCUGGGGUCGCUGCAGUUUGUCAUCAUCCCCAUCGCCUCACGCUACAUGCUGGGCAUCCGAGCCUCCGCCUCCACCAUUCUGGGCGUCACCGUGGUGCUCAUGGGCAACGCCCUGAUCAUUCUGUACGGCCCUGCCGAGGUGACCUUCACGCUGGAGCAGCUACGGCGGCAGUGGGCCACCCCAGCCAUGACCACCUUCUUGGUGGUGCUCGGCGGCCUGCUGUGCCUGCUGCACUGGCUGCACUGGCGCAUCACGGGCGGCAUGACCAUGCAGCCGCAGCCACAGCUGGUGGCCACUUUAGAGGGCGGCGGCAACGCGAUAGCGGCAAGUAAUGGCAGCGGCCGCAGCAGCGAACUGCCGCCAGACGCGCAGCAGCUGCUGGCUGCGGGCAGCGGCAAGUGGGUGAACGUCAGCCAAGGGGGGGUGAGCGUGCUGGCGCGGGAGCAGGAUGCGGUGAGCGUGUUUGUUGGGGCGCUGCUCUUUUCAGCGGUGGCCUCCUUUGUGGGCGCUUGGAGCGUGCUGUUUAGCAAGUCUAUGACCUACGUCGUCUCCUACCUUCCUGCCUCGCUCACAGACUGGUACUCCUGGUUCAUCCUGGCCGCCUUCCUGGGCACCGCUGCCUUUUGGGUGCGCCAGUCCGAUCGCGGCCUGCGCAACUAUCCUGCGUCGCUCAUCAUGCCUCUCAUGCAGGCCUUCUGGAUGUGCAUGUCUGUCCUGGAGGGAGGCAUCUAUUUUGACGAGCUGGUGGGGCUGCCGUCGCAACACCUGGCGCUGCUCGUGCUUGGCCUGCUGCUGGCGCUGCUGGGCGCCAUCUUCAUGGGCAUCGCGGGGUUUGUAGCGGAGAAGCCAGAGCAUAUUUUCCAUUACAGUGCAGCUGCAAGCGAGCUGGCAGCAGCCGAUGGUGGUGGCCAGGCGCUGUCGCCACCACCAUCAAUGGUGCAUGUCAUCGUCGAGAAGAACACCACAGGGCGUGUAGACCGGCUGAGCAGCCCCGUUUUGAGGGCCGGCUCCCAGAAGAAUGGCUACUUCCAGAGCAGCAGCAGUGGCACAGGGGCAGACGUGGAGGCUGGCAAGCGCUGGUGGCAGCAGGAUGGCAGCAGCGGCGUGACACAGGUGCAUGCCAUAGCCUCGACAUCAGGCGAGGUGCGCAUAGAGCUGCCGCCGCUGCAACCUGGCAGCAGCACACCAUCAGGGAUGUCGCCGCAGUCUUUGGCCAGGCUGCAGGCUGUACGCAGCCCCACGCAGCAGCUGCUGAGCCGCGAGAACAGUGACGAUCUUGAUAGGGAGGUGGCAGCGCCGCACGGCGGUGGGGGGGCUUUGGAGAGGGCGCUGCAGGAAGCUGGCGGAGCAAUUGCAGAGCCGGGUGGCAUCGGGCCUGGCGGGCAGGCAUUUGAAUCAGUCAUUCUACUAGACACCCUCAUCGGCGGCAGCGCUACUUCCAAAGGCGCCCUGCAGCGACGGUGA